UAUAUGGGCGGCGGCCGAGAAGCCCCUAUUUAAAGCCAAUGUCCAGUUCUAAAGCCACGAGGCACGAUGGUUCAGUGGACAGCUGAGGAACGCGCUGCGAUAGAGGCUGUAUUCGCCAAACUCGACUUCGAGUCGGUGGGCCUCGAGAGCUUGACGAGACUCUUGGUGGUCUAUCCUUGGACUCGGCGGUACUUUGGCGGCUUUGGAAACUUGUUCAACGCCGAGGCAAUCAUGGCUAACCCUAAGGUCGCCGCGCACGGGACCGUAGUGCUCAAAGGUCUGGAAAUGGCCCUUAAAAACAUGGAUGAUAUCAAAAACACCUACACUUCCCUUAGCGAGCUUCACUCAGAGAAACUGCAAGUUGACCCAGGCAAUUUCCAGCUCUUAGGCGACUGCCUGACCGUGGUGAUCGCUACACGCAUGAGGACUGAGUUCACCCCGGACGUCCAAGCUGCGUGGCAGAAGUUCCUGGCUGUUACUGUGUCAGCCCUGAGAAAGCAGUAUAAUUGAAAGGAAAUAAUGUAGCCUGCUGCAGAUUGUGUAAUGCACAGCAAAAAUAAAUAAAUACGAAUUUAUU